CUAUAAAUGGGAACGUCGAGAGCCCCUAGCCUAGCCAAGCGAUGAUGAUCAUGCGAGUCGGGUCGCAGAGUUUCCUGUGCAAUGCUCAGCGAUAAAAUGGCCCAUAGAGACAUUUUUGGUGGGAAUGAAGAGCGCGCAGUGAGACCCAAGACUCAAAUGUCUGGGGCACAGGAGAAGCUGGUGACAGAAAUGGAGAAUGCGGCACCAAAGCAAGAGCAGACGGAGAUUAUACAGAGAUUUGCAGGCCUUGGUCUUGGCAUUGCUACCUUACUCACAGAGAACGUCUUGUCUCAUCCUUUCAUAGUCUUCAGACGACAGUGUCAGGUUAACCAUCAUGCAUACCGAUAUCAUCUACAGCCCUUUUCAGUGGUGCAAGUGAUUGUCAACCUCCAGAGACACCAGGGCAUAGCUACCAUGUGGAAGGGCCUUGGUAGUGCCUUUGUGGUUCAGGGUAUCGGUCUGGGCAGUGAGACGGUCAUCAGUGAGGUCUCACCACUUGCAAAAGAAAUCCAUGUGUAUAGCACCAUUAAGCAGCUGUGUGGGCAUCUAACACUGAAGGCCAUCAGUGCAGCCAUCACCAUGCCAUUCGUCUCAGCUAGUCUUGUAGAAAUCGUUCAGAGUGACAUAGCCAGUGAGCGGCCAGGAGUCUUCGACUGCAUUAAGGAGGGUCUGUACCGCCUGCUGGGCUGGGGCGUGCCCCAGACCUCCAACCUCCUGCCGAUGUACACCCUGCUGCUCCCUACUGUGCUCCACUCCCUCCUCAAGUACAUCCUCUCCUCCAUAGUCCAGUUCGUCCUGUUGCAGGUCAUGCGCCGCGCCCGCGAGGCGGGUCACCCGACGGACCGCCCCGAGGGAGAGCCCCUCCCCAUCCCGAGGAGCGUCAUGGAAGAGUACUUCCCGGAACUCCUUGCCAAAUUUGCAGGGAACCUGUUCGCCGACGCCCUGCUGUACCCACUCGAGACAGUCACCGUUAGGCUGCACCUGCAGGGAACGAGGACGAUAAUUGACAACACCGACCACGGCUAUGGGGUGAUACCCGUAAGCACGCGCUAUGAGGGCAUGCUGGACUGCUGGACGGCAAUCAUGGCCGAUGAGGGGACUUCAGGAUUGUACAAGGGCUUUGGCGCCCUCUUACUACAGUACGCACUCCAUGCUACAAUUUUGAAAGUCAUACAAGUUAUAUUCACAAAACUAGCUGAGGAUUUCAGUAUUGGAGUCAAGAAGGACGCUCCCCCAGAGUAGCACAUGCGGCCGGAAGGCAUUGGUUCCCGUUUCAAUUUCUGACAAGCUCAAAGAUCACUGGGAUGAUGCAUCUCCAAAGUGGUGAGAAUUGAUGUUAAUCAGCUGCCACAUGGAAACCACGUCUGUUAACCGUGACAUGAUGAGCAUUUAACCAUUAAAAAGAUGACAAGUAUCUUUGAUACACAACUCCUUAAUGUGACAUUUGACUCGGUGACCUCCGCUACUUGUUCCAUUACUGCUCCUGUUUCGGUUGCGAGUCCCCUUCUGUGUCUCUCCCGUUCUGUGUUGCCCGGGGACCAAUUACGUCUCUUGUAGCAUUUUGUUAGUUCAGAGCUGUCACAUGUCAAAUCUAUGAAACACUUGUCAAAAGUUCUUGCUCAAAUUGAUACAUGCUUAUAUGCAUAUUAUGCUUUUUUUACCCGUAACUUUCAAACUGAAAGGCACUCUGGCUACCGUCUAACUGGUGAAAAAAACAAAGAGAAGAUGGGACAACGUAACAUUUGAACAGCCUUGUUGGUUUACGCACAUUAAGAUCGUGUCUUCUCCGUGGCAAACUGUGCGCACGUACACAAAGGAGUCGUCACACAGUCCUAUGCUGAAUGUCAGCCCAAUGGGUGUGUGGGGAUACUGUCGCUUAACAAAGUGCCUGUUGAUGCUGUUGUUUGGUACCAAGAAGCCUCUCGUGUAAAGACAGUCAGUGGGGUAUUGGCAACCUGUGACCGUUCAAAUUAUAUGGACUACCUGUGGGAAAGUCCUGGCAUCAAGUACGGGUACAGUUAACCACAGUUUGGCCCCCAACGCUCCAGUGAUGGAUGGUUUGCCUGCUUUAUUUGACCAUCUGGAGCCAAGGGGCAUCGUUGCAUUUCUGAUUAUCAGUAAUUUUUUUCAGUAAUCAUGUACAGAUAGGUUAACCGUUGACAUCAAGAAAACUGUGUGAGAUGGCAGCAACCAUGAAGCACAUGUACCUGUACAUACAUGUACAUUGGUUUCGCAUGUGUUUCUCCAUAUGCUUGGAUCCACGAAAUGUUGCGUGCACAUUACCCUCGGGUCGCAUUGCGCCAACAGGUAAACAAUUAUCUUUCUGCCAUCUUGAAAGAACCAUGCGGUGUAAGAACGUACGCACGGUCUGAUGGAGAGUUUGCUCUCGUUUGAUACCCAUGGGUCAUACUCCUGCCGUUUGUACUGUCGGGAGUUCAUUCAUGACGAGUAACACGCUCGACUACAGCCAUGAGAAAUGCAACCAAUGGCAUAAUGUGAGUUACAAUCAGAUGUCAAGACUGGUUUGACGCGGGCUGUUCAAAUGUGACUGCAUGUACACAUCAGUAGGAAAUGAAUGGCCAAAAAUCAAACCAUAGUUUUUGCUUGAACUUGCCAAAGUUUGCCUCGAGUGUAGUUAUUUCCAUGUCUUAUUGCAUCAAGCUACAUCAUAGCCUACAUGAUGCUGUCGGGUCUGUUCGUGCAUCCCUUGGGUGAAAUACAUACAUGUAUAAUUGCAUAACACUGGUUAACAAUUUAAAGAAGCUACCUAGGCAGUAACAAUCAGUUAUAUCAGUGGUUUCAUUGUUUUUGCUGCUGCAAAAAAGCAUACGCUGUCGGGGCUCUUUGUUAUUCAUGUACAUAUAUGCUGUGCACGAUCAGUGGAUCUACGCGAUCACUUGAUCUUUGAACAAUCAAUCAAUCUUACUGCAAGAUUUGAUCCUGCCAUCAGUAAUUUUUUUUUUUAAUUCAGGGUUCCACAAAAUUCGUUCCAAAAAGGGAGUCAAGUUUGAGAUUUUAUACAAAAGUGAACAAUUGAGCAUGGCAAUCAGGUGACUGCACAGAUGAGUAGAUCUCGCCAACAUAUGUAUUUAUGAAUUUCAAAUAUUUGCUACAUUAUAUUAGGUGCGAGAAGUACAAAAUCCCCAAAAGCUCUCAAUUGUACCUCUCUUCAAAAUAAAUAAAUUACUUCCAAAGUCAUUUGUGUUCAUAUUUUCAAGAUUUUUAAACCAAUUUUUAGGAAUCUCACCAAAACAUUUUCUAUUUUCAGAGAUGUCACUCAAUGAACGUCCAAAAAGCAAUUAUUGUAUACAUGUAUGUGCUUCAAAUGUCAUUUGAUGGAUUCUUUUCUCAUUUUGCAAUAUUGAGAUGCUUUUCUUUACUUCCUCUUCUGAAGUGACUUUCAGAAUCAUGUGGUCUUUAUCAGUGUAUGAACUUGCCCUCGUUAACCCCAAUGAUAAAUAAAUUUCAGAAAUAUAUAACCUUUA